AGCGAAAGGUCAAAGUGCACUGCUAUUUGGCGCGCCACGGACGUCUUUUCCCGUAAAAAAUUCAGCGAUGAGUUGCUUCAAUUUCGUUAUUAUUAUGGUUUUAAGUUAACUUUUAAACAUAAAUCCAUCUCUAAAUCAGCUGGUUUGUUGGCAUCAUCGCAACAGCAUCAUUGACCAAUGAUUGGAAUUAUGAGCACCAAAGCACCCAAGGCCGCAUCUGGCCAGAAUAUGGAUGAUGAUAACCCUAAUAUCAAGUCACCAUCCAGUGCUACUGUGAAGAAGUCAAUGAUAACAUCCUUUUUCAAACCAAAGACACUCAAGCAGUCCCCCGAAACCAGCCAGAACAACCUCAACCAAGGAAACACGGACAGGAGUCCCAUAGCUAGUGGUGUAAAGGUCUCAAGUAGCCAUACUGAGGACAGCUUCAAAGUGAAGGCUGCCAGUAAAGGUCAAGGGUCAGAUGUCAUUUCCAAGGGUCAGAAACAUGAUGGUUUGGAUGGGCCCCUUGAUCCAGAAAAGGGUGUGGCUAAUCAGACAAGCUGUCUUGAUGCCGCCCAGAGAAAAUGCAAACCUGAUAAAGUCAAAGAUUCGACAAGUCAAUUCACGCACGUUAAAAGUAACCCCCGAAAAGCCGCAAGGAUAGAAAGUGUUGGCUGUUUGCCAAAGGAGAGCAGAAAUACCGGCAUAAAGGUUCCACCGAGAUGUUCCCCGGCUCCCGGUAAUGGUGACAAAUCUUCCCAGAAGCGCAAGAAAAAAGUGGAGCUGAACUCCAGCUCUGAUGACUUUGAAGUUGAUAAAAGGACCAAAACGCAAAAAAGGGAGGUCUUGGAACUCAAGGAGGAGAAAAAUCUACUUGAUGGUGAAGUUCCUGAAGAUAAGAUUCCCGAUGGAGGUUUGCUGGACAAUGAUGCAGCCUCGUCCUGUUCUGAUGCAGACAUCUUUGAAGUCAAGGAGCCUACAGGCAACCCAAAAGUGAUUUCAUACUUGGACUUUCUUAACGAAUCCAUGGGGGAGAAUCAAGUUGAUAGAGAUGAAAUUAACUACCGCUCUGAUAAUGAAAUAAAGGAAAUCAAUGACAAAGGUAUGAUGGAGGAUCAUCAUGUUGUGGAGAAACCUCAGACUGAAGCAAAAGUGUUGACAAGAGAGAAGCAUAUUCGAAAGAAAAUAACCAAAACAAAAAGUAAGAAAGACCCCAAAACUUCAGUCAAGCCAAGCAAGUUCAGUACAUCUACAAAAAGUGAAGAGACAUGCAUCAAAAUAGGUUCUGAUGUUGGCCAAGAAAAAGAAUGUGCUCAAAAGGAGAGGGGCGCAGAACCCAAUUCAGCUACUUGUCUUCCAGAUGAUGACAGUGUGCUGACCAUUUCGUACUCGGAGUUCACAGAUGAUAAAACUGGCAGUAAGUCCAGAGAAUCCUCCUCGUUGUCACUGAUGUAUCCAAAGCAAAAGCUGGUCACCAUUGAAGCUGAGGUUCACAGUCCCCCAUGCGAUGAAGCAAUGCAUCCUGGGAAUUCCCCUGUCACCAUUGAUUUGUGCCAUUCUCCAGAGCACGUUCAGACACCAGCCUCAAAGAAGAGGACCUCAAACGUUGUCGUAAGUGUGUCUGAUCUAGAUCUGAUGAUUGUCAGUACAGACGAUGCAUCUGCAUCAGCUGACAGCAGGAAAUCUAAGACAGUGUACAGCAUCUUCCAGAAGAAAGGAACAAUGGAGCAAACUGAAUCUAAAGCGUUGAAGAAACCAGAACCUACUGAGACCUCAAAAGACGCUAAAGAAAUAUCGGAUGUGAAACCUAAACAGGGCCGGUCAAGAAAACGGCAUAAAUGUGCAGAUUUCAGUCCAGAAAACAAAUCUAGGACUUCAACGAAUACCAAUGAUACCUUGAGGAAAGCCCGUCCGAAAACCCAAAAUGGUCGACAAGCAAAGAAGACAUUAAAGAGUAUCUUUGACGGCAUGUCAGAAGAGGAAAAUACAGAGGAAGAAUUUCAAGAAGAGAUAAGUAAAAGGAAUGAAGAGGGUACAAAUAGAAGGAGAGGAAGACCAAAGAAGUCUAGACGUAGAAGUGAUGAGGAUGGACAGGAGACAGGAGGAUCAGAUGCCAAAAAGACUUCUCAGCGAGCAGAGAUUGUUGUUCUGACAUCCACUCCAAAAGCAAAGACGAACAAGAAUACAAAGGCCAGGCAGUUACUGAGGAGAGCCAAGUCACAGCAGAUGAACAAAGCAUCUGCAAUUCCAUCCCAAGCUGAACACAAAUUGAACACUUUGGGAACAAAGUGUGCAACACACGUAGCUCAAAAACAGACAAGACCUGAAUCUGGGAAUCAAACCAGGAAGCAAAGAGAUCUUACAAAUGUUUUAGGAAGGCGAUGCGCUCCAAAAGAGGGAGUUGUUAAGGGCAAACAAGAAGGGAAGACAACAAAAAAGGGUGCUGAGAAAAAGAAAGCAGUCAUCGCAGAGGCUCAAGAGAGAAAACCAACGAAACUCGCACCCAUGUUCACCAAAGAAGGCCGACAAGCCCUCGGCAAAAAGCAGCAGACCCUGGACCGACAGAUCAGCAGCCCUAGCGUGAUGAUCAUCCCUGAUGAUGACGAUGAAACCAGCAGGGACAGUGUGCGUAGUGAUGUGGGCGGAGCAGCCGGAGGGGCUAAGCUGUUUAGUGAUGCGCUAGUGAGAAGCAGGGAUGCAGAGGCAGAGCGAUCUUAUCCGCCUUUCCCAACAAUUAGCCAUGUUCUUCAGAUGGCUCCAGAGAUUGAUGGAAACAGAGAUUGGUGGAACCUACCUGCUCCUGGCAGUCUGGGAAAAUUCCUUAUAGCAGACAGGAACUGCACAUUAAAGAUGAUCAACAAGAAAUCAAAAAUGGUCGGUCAUCAUAUGAGACUUGGAGAAUUUACCAGAUGCUCUGCAGUAGGAGAGAAAACUCCAUUUUUCAAGAGCUUCAGUGGUCACCCAGAGUUAAGCCAUGAUACCCAACGACUAAUCCUGGAUCAGAUUAAAGCGGCUAAUCCCCGAUUCCCAGUCAACAGGGUCUUCAAGCGGUACCUCGCCAAGCGGAAAGGGGAACCAUUGAUACCCAAACCACUGCAAGGCGAAGGAACAUCAGAGGCCAAAGGCAGCCCAAAACCAGACACCAACUUCACAAAGCUGAAAACUGCGAAACCCUCUGCCAAGCGUAAGUCAGAGGUCUUGGAGCAGCAAGCUACCUCCAAGAGAAGGAAGGUUGCCCCAGAAGAGUCUGCCGAGAAGUCGGAAACAGAGUUCAUUGGGAAGAUUCGCCUCAGAAGACGUAGUAGUAGAUGGGUCAUAAGAGAUGAUGAUGAAGAAGAAACAAAAGAUUGCAAGGAACAACCAAAGCCAAGAAGGAGCUCCAGACAAUCGGAGCAAGCGGUCAAGAAGGAGGGCGGUGCCACGGAGCUUAAAGAACGGCGGACACUGAGGACAAGACGAGGCAAGACGCCAGGCAAGGUAGAGGCAGAGAAAGAAGGAUGCAAAGAGGCAGUGGAAGCCAAGACUGUGGAGUCCAAGGCUGACAAACUUGCCAGUCUACCAUGGACAGAGAAAUACCAACCAAUCACAGGUGCCGAGAUCAUCGGCAAUGGACAGGCCAUGAAACGACUGACUGGAUGGCUGACAGAAUGGAAGAAGAAAACUGCGAGGAUCAAGAAGAAAAUGAAGAGGCAACAAGGCAAACAACGGAGCAAGACCCUCCCAGCUUUGCCAAUGGAAGACAGUGACAGUGACUUUGAUUUAGGAAGCGACAGCGACAACAGCGAUAGUGACGAUGACGACGAUUCGCUGAGUAACGCCAUGUUGAUUGUGGGUCCUUGCGGUUGUGGCAAGACAGCCGCUGUCUAUGCUUGUGCCAAGGAACUUGGUUUCAAGGUAUUUGAGGUGAAUGCAUCGUCAAAGCGUACCGGCAAGCAAAUACUGGCUGAUUUGGGAGAGGCCACCCAAUCACACCACCUGACGGCACAUCACCAUGGCAACAGCAGCGGCGCCCUCAAGAGUUUCUUCCCACUCAAGUCUCCUCCCAAGUCCGUUGGCAAGCCGGAGACCAAGAAGACGCCUAUCCCAAAAGCCUUUGCUGCGUUUUACAAAGCAGGGGCAGAUGCUGCAGCAGUCAAACUGGGUGGCAAAAAGACCAAAGCUCCAACCAAAAAGAGCCCCAAAAAAUCUCAAGUCAAACAGUCCAAGUCUGCAGCCCAGACCCCCAAGGAGGCCCAGCCACUGCAAGCCGCUGCCGUCAUCUCUGGUGGAUGUCAGGAAGGUGCACCAGGACAGAGGCUAACGAGCACGUCACUCAUUCUCUUUGAGGAUGUUGAUGUUGUUUUUGAGGAAGACAAAGGUUUCUUGUCGGCCAUUGCCACAUUCCUGAAGACCACUAAGAGACCAAUCAUACUCACCACCUCAGAUGGUCGAUUUCCUGAGAUGUUUGAGGAGAGAUAUGAAAUGGUGACAUUCCGGAAACCACCUUCUUCACAACUAGCCACCCACCUUCAGCUGCUAUGCCUGGCUGAGAACGUCAACGCAUCCCACGCGGACCUCCACCAUCUCGUCUCACUGCUUGACCGUGACGUCAGACGCUGCUGGCUGGCUGCACAGCUCUGGGUCAACUCGGGAGCAGAUCAGAGAUCAAAGGCAGAGGACUCGGACUCUGGUAAAGCUCAAACAGUGGACAAAAGCUCAAAGGUUCUUGGCGAGGAAGACACGGAGACUAACAAAGGCGAUGGUUAUGAUAAUGCGGUGACCAGGAUGCAUGGCAAUUGUUUUGAAAGCACCAUGGGAUUGUGCAAUCUGUCUGGUGGUGGGAGUGGAGUCUCCUCAAUGUUAAAAAUACACAGAAGUGAUGGAUCCUACCUUCACACAAGUUCUGCAAUCACUGAAAGGUUCCAGAAAGAAAACAAUGCAUCUGUGUUCUUCAGAAACAUUCACACAUUGCUACCUCCAUUCAGUUCAAUGGAUUCUUUCUGUGCAAAACAGGAAAAUUCAACUGACCAAUCACAAAUGGACUCCAAACCUCCGGCGUCCAAUGGCAGAACUGCUACAUUGUUAACCCACAAAUUGGUGUCUUCGCUGGCCACUUUUGCAGACGACAUCUCGUUCUUGGAUUCUCAUACACUUUUCCCUCGGCAUGAUGGGAAGGGUCUUAGUGAAAAUGGCUGGUGGGGGGCAGAGCUCAAAUCUUCACUUUUACUGGAUCCUGCUGAAUCUGACGGUCCCAGUUGUGUGAUGCUAGACACUGGUUCGUCCAUCAGGGGUUUCCUGGAAGCUGCUAGUUUUAACCGUUGCCAUAGAAACUAUGAGAAGGCUGUCAACCAAUUCAAGCACUUACAUCGGUUGCCAAGAGACAAUUGUCAUAACAACAUGCAAGAGGAAACACCACAAAUGAUUACAAAACCAGCUGAGAUUCAGUCAAGAUGUGACCAAGACAGAGAGAGUGUCCUGAAGCUGGAUCAAGAUGAUUGCACAAAAUGCCCAGAUAUCUACUCGACCAUAGUGAACAAACUACCACUGUCCGUGCACUGUAAUCACCAAGUGUUAUCCAUGGAGUAUCUGCCGACAUUAAGAUGCAUGUGUCGAUCAGAGCAGAUACGCGAAGAAUUGAAGAUCAAACGAAGAUUUCUACACUACCUCGACUCCAUCUCUCUGAAUCUCAAGAAGACUGACCAGAUCACCAUGUGCUCAAUCAUGGAGGCGAAGCAGCCAGCCAACCAAGAUGAUAAGCCAAAGGAAAACGUGGACGGACUGUAGAAAGUAUGAUCGCAAUAUCAAAGCAGCCUUCUUAAAAUUCUUAAGAGUUUGCAACGUGAAUACUUACAAUGUACCAUGGCAUCAGAAAUUCGCACCCAUGUUCACUUUUACGCCGAAUGUGAAACUGCUUUAAUGUGAACAACGGUUGUGACAACUUUCUUAAAUUCCCCUGAGAAUUAUACAUGUAUGCUAGGUGAAAUCUUGUUGUCUGUAAACCUUUGGUACCAAUUCAUCAUGAAGGACACAAAAAUCCAAGUAGAGUUUUGUGAAGAGAUGCGAGAAAACGCAUCCUAAAUCAACAGUGCUGUCGCAAGUGCAUGUUUUAGGCAAUUUGUAUUAGAGAACACUUGAAUCAAACAAUAUAUUGGGUUUUUCAAAAUCAAUACUUUGGGGAAUCUGCUUUUUUGGGAAUACCGAUCUGUUUUGUAGUGAGGUUUUUUGUGUAAAUAUUUGACUUUUUCAUAUUAAAACAUUGUAUUGUUAAUUGGAGAAUCAUUGUUUGCAAACCAAAUCAUUCAUAUUGAAAUUCAAACAAUAAAAAUGUUAUAUUUUUAACAAAGUUUUUAUGACCAUGUUUGAUAUAAAUUAAUAAAACUAAACAUUCAUCUGAAAGCAGCUAUCUUGAUUGUUGAUGUUAUCAAUAAUGCAUUUUCAAAUUGUUUAUGAAAAAUGGUUAAACAUAUUAAUAGGUCAUUGGGGAGCAGCUUUGCAUUAAUUUUUUUACCCUAAUGUUUGUGGCUACAUUUUUGUAUUUAUUAACACCCAGAAAUGAAUGAAUUGAUUCAAACUACAAACUUGUCCUUACUACAUGUUGGCUGCUAAAAAUGUGACUUCACUCAUGGUCAACUCAACACAUGCUGACCAGCGUGGCCCAAAAAUGUCAAAGAUUUUUAACUAUGAAGGGCAUUAUAAUAAGGGAUUAAAUGUGUGCUGGGGAGGUUUUAAUCACUCUGUUUAAGACCGCUUGGAGUCUGGGUGCUGAUAAUGGAUGACUUCGGGUUUAUUGAAAUCGUGUUACAAUAAACAAAAGCAUUAUGGAAAUAGGAGUAAGAGCUCGACCAAGCUUGCUUUUUAUAAAAAAUACAAUAAUGUUUUCAAUAAACUCAAGCGUAUGGCCAAAACUUUGUAUUAUCAAAAUAAGCUUAAUGAUUUAAAAGGCAAUGCUAGAGAAACUUGGCGAAUUCUUAACUCAAUGAUUAAACUUAGUCCUAAA